AUGCGAAUUGCCCGAAACAGCUACCGUGAUUUAUGUCGGAUCUUCUCCCAACCUUUAUUUCUUCAACGCACAUUUUCUAGUCAUGAUGAUAAACCUCCACUUCCAGUUAUUCCUCGUGCUGGUUCCCACCGUUCACCAUGGGAGGUUUUAAAAGAGGAAUUUCGUGCUUUGAAACAGGGAAACUUUACAUCAGAAUCCAACAAUAAGGUACCCCGAGAAUCAGAUAUCCUAAUCAUUGGAGGAGGGCUAAUUGGCUCCUCUGUAGCCUACUGGUUAAAACAAAGGAACCCAAAAGCCAUGUCCAUAACAAUCGUGGAAAGGGAUCCUUCGUAUACUCGUGCUGCAAGUGUCCUGUCAGUUGGAGGUAUCCGACACCAGUUUUCCCUCCCGGAGAAUGUUCAGCUAUCUAUGUUCACAUCUGAGUUUCUCCGGAAUAUCAAACAACAUUUAAGCGUUUUGGACAUGGAUCCUCCUGAUAUUCAAUUUAACCUUCAAGGGUACCUCUUCUUGGCAUCCCCUGAAGGUGCAGAACAGCUUGUGAGAAAUGCUAAGAUGCAAAGGGACAUUGGAGCUAAAGUGGAGCUCAUGAGCCGUGAAAGACUCGCAAGUAAAUUCCCAUGGUUAAAUCUGCAAGGAAUUGAACUUGGAACUUAUGGAUUAGAAGGCGAAGGUUGGUUUGAUCCAUGGACACUAAUUCGGGCCAUGAAACAGAAGAACUUGUCCCUUGGUGUUAAAUAUGUCAAUGGUGAAGUAAUUGGCUUCGAUAAACAAACCUACAGAGUAGCUGGAACGGAUGGCUAUGAAGAUCGAGAAAGCAUCAAUUCUGUGCAGAUAAAAAGUGAAGGUGAGAUUUACCAAUCUCAGUUUGCUAUUGUGAUCAACUGUGCCGGACCUUGGGCAGGAAAUGUAGCCGAAUUAGCUGGAAUUGGUACUGGAAAAGGAAUCUUAUCACUAUCUCUACCUGUAGAACCAAGGAAACGUUACGUUUAUGUCUUUCAUUGUCCAAAAGGUCCUGGCAUUGAGUCACCCUUCCUAAUUGACCCAGCUGGAUUCUACUUCAGACGUGAAGGACUUGGUAGCCACUUUCUUUGUGGUAUGUCUCCUACUGAGGAAGAUGAACCAGCAAUAGACAAUUUGCAAGUGGAUUAUGAUUAUUUUCAUAACACCAUUUGGCCACAUUUGGCACAUCGAGUUUCAAAGUUUGAAUCUUUGAAGUUGAUGAGUGCCUGGUCAGGUUUCUAUGACUAUAACUAUGCCGACCAGAACCUGGUCAUCGGAAAUCACCCUUACUUCCACAAUUUUUACUUUGCUAACGGGCUUAGCGGACAUGGCAUCCAGCAUGCUCCAGCCAUUGGUCGAGCGCUCAUGGAGUAUAUUAUUGACGGUAAUUUUGAAUCUAUCGAUUUAUCAAGAUUUAAAUUUGACCGAUUUUUGAGCAAUGAUCUGCUCACCGAAGUUGGAAUUGUUUGA